GUGACGGAAGAGCCUAAGCGGGUCUCUAUUGGUUGGGGGCGUGGAGACAGGCGAUGUGGCGCGCGGCGCGUCGGCUCGCGUUGGUGGCUGCGGGGCUAAGUAGGGGCAGAGCGGCGCCGGGCAGCGCACUUUCUUCCCCGGUCUCUCCGGUGCGGGGCUGUCGGCGCCUCUGCUCUGGAGACUUCCAUCCGCCGCUUGCUUCUGUCGGCCUGACGGGCCGGUUGGUGUGGCCUGGAGGCGGCCAUCGAAAGAUCAGUAUUUCCACCAUGCCUGAAAUAAAUACAGAUGAUCUGGAUGAGCAGCAAGUACAGCUGCUGGCAGAGAUGUGCAUCGUUAUUGAUGAAGACGACAACAGGAUUGGAGCUGAUACUAAGAAGAACUGCCAUCUCAAUGAAAACAUCGAAAAGGGGCUGCUGCAUCGUGCUUUUAGUGUUUUCUUGUUCAAUUCAGAGAACAAACUACUUUUGCAACAGAGAUCGGACGCAAAAAUCACUUUCCCAGAUUGUUUUACCAACACCUGCUGCAGCCAUCCACUCAGCACACCAUUGGAACUGGAAGAACAGAACGCAGUCGGGGUUCGACGAGCAGCACAAAGACGAAUGCAAGCAGAGAUGGGUAUUCCAUUGGAACAGGUAACACCGGAAGAACUCUUCUACCUGACCCGAAUUCAUUACAAAGCCAGGUCCAACGGGAUCUGGGGAGAACAUGAAAUAGAUUACAUCCUAUUUGUGCAAAAGAAUGUGAUGUUGAAUCCGGAUCCAAAUGAAGUUAAAAGCUACUGCUAUGUGACGCAGGAAGAACUGAAGGAACUCCUGGAAAAGGCAUCACGAAACGAAAUCAAGAUUACUCCUUGGUUCAAACUGAUUGCUGAGACUUUUCUCUUCAAGUGGUGGGAUAAUCUGAAUCAUCUAAAGACAUUUGUGGAUCAUGCUAAAAUACACAGGAUGUGAAAGUAAUGCGCUAAUCAAAAAGCACGCGAUGGCUUUUGAAAAAAAACAUUGCGAAAUUACACGGUUGAAUAACUGUUUUUAAACAUACGGCAGCGUGGUGAUUUAAAUAGGAAGGGGUCCCUUAAGAAUGAAGGUAAUUUGUUAUGUGGGGGGCUUUGGAUGACUUGCGGCUUGCCUCUUGCCUUUCACUUAAACAGUUGAUAUUGCUUAGAGACUACUGGGGAGUAUGCUCCUGUCAAGAGUUGAUUACUAGCGCCUGAAAUUUAAGUACUAAACAGGCAACAUGUUUAGGUAGCUAUAUGCUGGCCAGAAUCCAGAGAACCCUACACCUCAGUUCCGUAUGCAGCUUUUCUUGGGGAAGUGCUUUUGAAAAUACCAAGUUCUAAAGCAGCUAGAGAUAGCAAAGAAAACUUGGAACGGCAGUGAUCAAUCUCACAGGGUAUAUAGAAGCUGGGGGGCAGGGAAACCAAUGGGGUUGCUUGCUGUAACUUCUCCCCGCUAGCCCUCAAGGUUAUACUGGAAUCCUGUUGGGAGGUGCUAGGAAAGACAAUUAAGCCACACCCAGCUGACAUCUGGCAUGGUUCAGUCACAUAUUUCUGAAUGUUGGACAGCUACAGCCUCAGGUGUAAAGGGAAGGUUCAGAAGUUCCAGCAGUACCUGCUCACCUGGAAAUGCACUAGGCUAAGUCAACUAUUUUUGUAGCUAGCGAAAAAAACGUGUUAUUUCAAAACAAGGAAGAUCAAGUCAAGACUGCUAAGUAUGAAAUCUAAAAGGGCUUUCCUUGUGUGGAUUAAGAAAAAUGAAAACCCUGGUGAACCUGAGAUUUUCAGGUAGACGUGGGUUGGAAACCUCUGAAAGGCAAUGUUGUAGUGCGUUACUUAACCUAAGAAACUUGGGACAGUCUGUUGUUGUGUUUUUAAUUACAAAGAAAUGGUCUUAGUCAUGAAUGUCUUAAGAAGCUACGUUACUUUGAAUAAAAAUAAAAUUGUAAGCGGUAGAAGCGUUCCUCAGUGGUUUAAGUGUGGAAGCGUUGGUUAGGUUGUAAAGAAAGGGUAUUUUGUACAAAUGUAUUUUUUUCCUCUCAAAAAUAAAAACGGCAGAAUUUGGA